AUGCCUGGCAGACCAAAGAUGAACAUGAAGAAAUGCAUUUCAGAAAGAAGUGACAGACACACUGUUAAUGCAGUAGAUGAUUCAUAUCUCUUUGAUUACCAUGAGCUAUUUGAGGGUGAGGGACAGGGUCAAGGACAGGGACAGAGACAAGGCCAUGGGGCUGCUGAGGAUGUUGGAGUUGAUUUAGAGGAGGAGAUUGGAGGUGAUUCAGAGGAAGAAGUUGGAGGUGAUUCAGAGGAGCAUUUAGAGGUGGAUGAUGAACAAGUGGUUGAUGAACAAGUGGUGAAUCCUGGAAAUCAGCAUGUGGUUGCUCCAACUUUGAAAAGGAGAAAGUGUGGUCCUUCUCAGAGGAACACAAAACUUAGGUUGAGGAGGAAAGUGGUGACCAAGGAUGAUACAGGGGGAAGUCUUGAAAAUCCUCUCACACUCUAG